CCUCCUCCCGCACCGCUGAGGAGUGAAAAAUCCCCUUUUCCUCAGCGGAGAGGAGCUAAACCCGGACCAGGAGUGUGGACGUCAGACCAGCAGCUGGACCGGAACCUGUGGACCUGGAUGGAUGUAAACGGACCUCAGAGCAGCUGCAGCCUCCAGUGUGAUGCAGCUGUGUGAUGUCCGCCGAGCAGGAUGGGCAACAAGCAGACCACGUUCACCGACGAGCAGCUGGAGGCCUAUCAGGACUGCACCUUCUUCACCAGGAAAGAAGUCCUGCGGCUACAUGGCAGGUACCGAGAGUUGGCUCCUCACUUAGUGCCGCUGGAUUACACCAACAACCCCGACAUCAGAGUUCCUCUGACGCUCAUCGUCAGCAUGCCGGAGCUGAAGGAGAACCCGUUCAGAGACAGAAUUGUGGAGACGUUCUCUGAGGACGGACAGGGGAACCAGAGCUUCAACGACUUUGUCGACAUGUUUUCUGCCCUCUGUGAAACUUCACCCAGAGAGCUCAAGAUCAUCUACGCCUUCAAGAUUUACGACUUCAACAGGGACAACUUUAUCUGUAAGGAGGACCUGAAGAAGACUCUGAACAAGCUGACCAAAGGCGAGCUGACCCCAGAGGAGGUCAUCCUGGUGUGCGAUAAAGCCAUCGAGGAGGCCGACCUGGACGGAGACCACAAGCUGUCCUUCGCCGACUUUGAGAACAUGAUCUCAAAGGCUCCUGACUUCCUGAGUAACUUCCACGUACGAAUAUGAGACUGCUGAGAUCCUGCAGAGGGAAGACGUCUCACUUUGUCCCCAUUUCCUGAUCCGACUGGUCUUCACACUCCAGACUCCACCUGAACCUCAGACCCACCUCGACUCAGUGCCUGUCCUUUCUAUCGCCGACCGAGAGUCUUCCUCUCCAGCGGAACCUGACACAGAGUCUGGUCUGGACUCACAGCGGACGUUUCAGAGAGAAAGCAGUUACUGCAUGAAACCUUUCUCUUUAUUAGAAAUGUUUGCAGGCGGACGAGCACGAUAAACCAAGACGGGGCUAAUUUUAUACCAACAGAGCUCCUCUGGACGGUUCUGCUCUUCUGAGACACUUCAGAGGACACAUAACAGGGCUUUUCUGACUUCAGUGCUUUGCAGAAGGGCAGAAUCCACCGACUGGACUGAAAAAGCACAGUUUUAAAGGGCAACAGUGACUAGCUAUGCAACCUUUCAUGAAGUGCAUGUUGUAAAUUGCUUCUAGCUGUGGUUAAUUUGUACAUCUGGUGUAGUGAAAUGUUCUGGUGCAUAACGACAAUCAUAGUAAACUGUAGUUCAGUUGAUGGAAGGGCUCUCUGUCAUCUCACCUGUAAACUUUGGCUUUGAUAAACUUGAUAGAUCAGCUUUCACUCAUUCAACAGGAAUGUUUUGUGGCUAGAAUCAAAUAAAAGAUUUUUCUGUUG